GUGUGACUGACUGGGCGUGAGUGUCACAUGUCGAGCUGCUGCAGUUUGACACCUCCCCAGACACACACACACAGACACACAGUGAAAGACCAGAGGUUCAACAUCUCUGGAAGUGGAGGGGACAGAAGGACAUGGCGACCGGCGACAGUCACGCAACUCUGGAGCAGCUGUGCAGUAAGUUCACCGACAUUAUCGCCGUUUGUGUUUGUUUACGGUGUUAGCUAACAUCUCCGGAUAAACUGACGCCGCGCCGUCUUAUUAGUUUGUGUCAGAGUCACUCUGACUGUAUUUCUGUGAUAAAGAGGAAAAAAUAAAGCUUAUUUUAAAUGCGAAGACUAAUUAAGCUCUAAUGAUAAGUUUGUCAGUGUGCAGAAAGUUUAGCCUCAAACAGGAAGUUUGUGACAGUGCGCGUUCCCGAGCCGCGCUGCUGUGUUGUGUCUGCUCCCACGGGAGCGCGCGCAGGAAAUGCUCACAAUGUCUUAACCAUAGACUGUAUAUAAGAGAUCUUAUAUACAGUCUAUGAUCUUAACUCGAUCGACCAACUAUUGAUUAUUAUUACUGCGGCGAUUAAUGAUCGAAAUGUUCCUAAACAGGAUUAAUAAUGAUCCAGUGUUUGAAAUAAAAGCUUCAUUUUAAUUACUUCCAAAAAAUAAACAAAUAAGUUAUGAAAUAUGUGUAACGGUCAAACCAGUGUUGUAGCUAACAACAAACGGUUGUCCUUGAGGAGUGAAAGACUCACAUUCAAAAUUUUACCUAGUUUUUCUGAAAGAAAAAAAAAGAAAAAGGUAAAGUUUCUUACCUAUCUCAAACUGAAGAAAAAGUCAGGAUUCUGUCUCAUCAUCAUGUAGACUUUUACAAGGAGAGUAACAAGUAAAUACUUGUGCAGGGGACAGUUAAAGGGAUAUUCUGGUGUAAAAUUAAUUAAGGGUCACACACCAUAAUACCGAGUUGUACAUCCUGGUCGAGAGAUGAAUGUUGCUGACCGCUUGCUUCUCUAGUUUUACCAACUUAACUAUCGACCGCACACAGUGGUCUGAGGAGCCAUAAACAAACCUCGACCAAAACGCCACUCUAUAGCCACAAAUAAUGCUCAGAACAGCACCUAACUUCGUCAACAGGACAUAUAGGGUCCCAGCCAUAGUACUAGCCACCAAACAUCUUAACUCGGUAUUACGGUGGAUCCUGACCUAAUUUUAUGCCGGAAUAUCCCUUUAAUUAGUAACAUAUCAUUGAAGGUGUUAGGAUCAGUAAACACCGUGCAUCCUCACUUACUAGUGUACUUAGCAUUAAACAGGUGCUGUCCAUUGUUUCUGUAUUCAGGUUUCAGUUCUUUGCUAAAUUGAAUGUUGGGCCUGUUUGUUAAAGUGUUUGAUGAAAGUCUUUUUGGUGUUUGCAGGUCAGGCCACAGACCCAAACAAUCAGGAGGACCGAUGGGACUGCAUCCAGGCCUUCUACGAGCUUGUCAACAAAGAGACUGAUGGGUUAGCAGAACACACUCUUUUUUUUUUCACUUUUUACCUCUGCUGUGACAGAGGGGUUGUCUCUGUCGCAACCUGAUCCAUCCUGGAAACCCGAUUUGUACUGCCCAUGUGCGAAACAAAAUGUAUGUCACUUCCUCUACUAGCCAUCUUUGUGACAGCUAAAUAAUUCUUUGCCCCUCGCGGUUUGCGACAGCCACGACAUCAGCGAGCUCACUUCGGUCAGUCAGAAAGGAUGCUUCAGUUUAUAAAAGCCACACACUUUUCCUUUCUCCUAAACUGAGUGCUCCCCCAAAUGAAGCAGAGCGCCGAAAAGUCAAGAGAAUGGCACCCAGUUUUACGAUUAAAGGUUCCUACUACAGCUUAUUUGUAAAAUGGCAGCGUAGUUAUAAAAGGAUUGAAUGAAUGUGAAUAUUUCUGUGUUGAAAGUGUAUGCUGAAAAAAUACGCUGAAAUUCAUUGUCCAUAAUGUGUAGGCUUCUUGUUAAUAAAUUUAAUUUAUAAAAUAAAUGAAAUAAUUCCCCCUUGAUGCUUUGAAAAGUCAGAGAACCAUAAUUUUGGCCGUGUGGUGGCGCUCUCUGUGGCCCAAAAGGUCUCACUGUGCUGGGCAGGAGCUCUGGUGAAUGCCUCGGCAUUCGCUCUGGAGCCUCCUGUUAGCUAGUCUGUCACAUCGCCAGCUUGUUUCUGAAUCGAUCGGUAGUUUAAAUUAAGUUUUUUAGGUGAAGUAAAUUUGCACUUGCGCAGUACAGAUCGGGUGGGUAGCGACUCGCUGCCGUAAAACACACUGAAAUGCCAAGAGAGGAAGUAACGUACGUUUUACAUAUGUGCAGCACAAAUUGGGUUUCCGGGACGGAUUGGGUAGCAACAGUCACUACUUGCCUCUGUUUUCAGAUAAUCUUUAGACUUUUUGCCCCUACCCCUUGCAAAAGCUUUCAUAGGAUGCUGCUGGUUACUUCCCCGCUCAUAUUUGAGUUGCUUCAUUUCUACUUCGCAAUCUCAGCUUCCCAGUAACAAAGCAAACAAGAAACAGGAGGAACACUGCAGCACUUUUUUUUCUCUUUACAACAAAAAUAUAUAUUUUUGAGGAGCUUACUUUUAGAUUUAUUUUUUCCUACUAGCUACAAUUAACUGUUAUGAUUUCUAGAGACUAUGUGAAUAGUAUUUCUUUUCAUGUUUUAAUGAACUGAAGCUAACACUACACCAGCAUCCUCCAGUUCAACUUCAUAUCAACUCAGGUGCUACAUGUCCUAACCAAAUGACACACUGAAAAGCACACAAACAAAAUUAAACAAUAACCUUUCCACUUACUUCUAUGCUCGUCUUCUCGCCGUCGUCUUCUGUGCCUAGAUCGUAAAACACCGGUGCAUUAUCAUUAUUGGCAGCUAGCAGCUCACUUCCAUUAUGGCUUUUUUAUUUGCAUCCUUUUAUUUUCGCAGUAAGUAACUUUUUCGAUCACCACUUUGUUUUUUGCGUCAUUAACUUCCGUUGUGGCUUUUUUUUUUUUUUUUUUUAAUCUGGACCAUUACUUUUUUUAUUUGCAGUGGGCUUCGUUUUUUUUUUCUUUGCAUUCUUUUUUUAUUUGGCGAUUCUCGGCCACCGUACCUUUUAAUGUUCGUACAGCUCACACAUGACUUUAACAUUAGCUCACUCCGUUUUAAACGACGCCCAUACAUACAGCCGCUUUUAAUACACACAGAAAUAAUUCACAAAUGUCUGUGAGUCUAAAGAAACAAACGAAAAAGAAUUAUAUGAGCUAUCGCGUCCGGCGCCAUUUUCUCUCCUACAGUACUCACGUACCGUCAAUGUUUACACUCUUAACACACUUCCAGCUCACCGAUAACACAUCACCGGGGAUUCAUUUUAGCUUUUUAACAUCUGUAAUCACAUAAAAGGCGAAUAACUGACCUCUAAGUAUUAGAAAUAUCACACAGGAAUCAGGGAAACAGGACAACUUUCGCUCCUUCUCCAUUUAACCGGAUAACGAGCCCAGAGACGCGAGUGGUCGGUGCUGCCACCAAGUGUCCAUUUUGUGAAAUGACAUGCCAUUGUCUUUGUAAUUUCCCAACAUAAAUAAAUUAGAUAGAAAAAAAAUAAAUGUAAUACAGUUGUAAUGAACCAAAAAGUGACUCUUAAAGGAAAAGAAACAAAAAGUAAUAAAAUCCCAACAAAAUACUUAUUUUGUGAGUAUCACAUUGGCACUAACAUCCUCUUUGCUCCUGCUCUCCUCAGACAUUUAAAUGAAACUCAAAUCUUAUUUUUCUGCUCUCAGCCCACAGGUAGCCAUUCGUCUUCUUGCUCAUAAAAUCCAGUCACCACAGGAAAAAGAAGCUUUGCAAGCUCUGACUGUAAGUGAUCGGGGUCUUCAUGUAUCCUGAGACAACUUCUUUUCCUGCCUCUAUUUUAUAAACUUAAUGGUCUGGUAUCCUUUUGUGAGCCAUUUGUAAGAAGACAGAGUGUUCAUGGGUUCUGUUGAAUGCUAUUUCUCAGAGCUAUGAGGCAUUCAUAAAGAAAUUGUCUGUGUUUAAACUCUGCACAGAAGACUUUCCUGUAAAUAUUAAAUGUGACUAACUCUUCUCACACGGUCAAGAUGAGAUGAUAGAUUUGAUCUGCCUUUGAAUCGGAAGUGAAACCACAUUGGUCAUCACUCACACAUUUAGCCGCUUUGUUCAGCUUUAUUUUAUUCAACUACGAGAAAAUUCACCUCGUGAUAUUUAAAAGUGGUUAACCACAAACUUCAUUGUGACAUCAAAGCUCUCGCUCUCUUGUUACCUUUUGUGUUACCUGGAAAUAAAACCGUCUUUCUUUCAGUUUCACUUCCCGUUUAAAAGGAUUUUUAUUUCUGGUGCUUUCCAGGUGCUCGAGGCAUGUAUGAAUAACUGCGGAAAGAGGUUCCACAGUGAGGCGGCCAAGUUUCGCUUUCUCAAUGAGCUCAUCAAAGUUGUAACGCCAAAGGUAACAGUCAUCAUCAUUUAAGAAAUAAGAGCACAGUUUUUUGAAUCAAAGUGAAGAAAGUUUGAAGCCUGAGUACUUAUCUGCAGUUUUAUUGAGUGUUUAAAGGGAACGAUGUAUGUUUCAAACAAACAAAUGAAGGUGAUUCACCACAAAACAAGCUCAACAUGCUCAGGUUUUCUUUCUCGAGAUAUCAGGUGCCAUGGACGCUCUCUGUUAACCCCCUUUUUCGAUGACUAUAUAAAACCUGACAUGGUUUUUGUUUUACCUGUGUAGUACUUUGGCGCUUGGACUCCUCAGACAGUCAAAGACAGAGUGACGGAGGUCUUCUACGGCUGGACUCUUUGGCUUAAAGACGAACCAAAGAUUCAGGAAGCCUACAGCAUGCUCAAGAAACAAGGUCUGGAUGCUGCAGACACACAUUUCCAACUCUGAAAGAGAUGAUUUUACACAUCUGUAACAAAGGCCAAGGUGUAUUUGCACUUUGAUAUGUGAAACACUAAGACAACAAAUGCUGAAACCUCCAGGGCGAGUCUGAGUCAGAGUUAGCAUAAGCUUUAUGAAAGUUUGAACAGGAGUUUGCUGUGUUUGGAUUCAACCCCGGAGCUUUGGUUUCGUUUUCUCCACAAACUCGGAUGUUUUGUUUCUCAGCAGCCUGAGCCAUGCUCCUCACCACUGCCAGCUACUAGCUAACAAACAACGUCAGAAAGUAAUAACUUCACUCACUCUGUGCCUGCUAGUUGUUUUAUUUCAGGGCACUGCAGUCUUAAUCUGAUCAGGGUCUCAGGAAGGUGCAAACAUGAACCAUUUCAUUUUUCUUUAUGCUGGCCAUCUUGAUGUUUCCUGCUCAUUCACUGAUCACAUAUGUGUCUAUGUCGGUGUUUCUGUGACUGCAGGUAUCGUGAAGAAAGACCCCAAACUACCCAGCAAACUCAUAAUGGCUCCUCCACCUCAGAGGACCACAGACUCGGUUUUUGACCAGGAGGACAAAGCCACGGUGUGUUCGAGUUUCACAGGACAUGUGCUCAUGUUGACUUUGAUUUUCAAUUUGCUAAAAUUUCCUCCUUCAUCAUCGUCAGCUACUUGCCAGAUUGUUGAAGAGUACCCGCCCUGAAGACCUGGAAACCGCCAACAGACUCAUUAAGAACACUAUAAAGGAGGUGAGAUCUCCGUUUCUCCUGUAAUAUAUUCGCAUUAAUGUCAAGACUGAACACUGUUUUCUGUUUGUGCUGUAGGAGCAGGAGAAAGCAGAGAAAGCCUCAAAACGUGAAUCCACUCUGAAGGAGGUGGAGGACAGCGCCAAACAGCUGAGAGAGAUGCUGCACCAGCACACGGUCACCGGGAGUCUGUUACAGCCGAGUGACGACAUGAAGGUAUUUGUCGAUCAGUCGAUCAGUCUCAACAAAAAACCAGACUCUGUUCAUAAAGACCAGAUCAGACUGAGCUCCAAGCCCUGACCAUCCCCUAAUCUUCAACCACAGGAAUGAAACACUUUCCAGCGUUUAUCAAGUUACAGUGGAGAGAAAGAACUUUCUUCAACAGGCAGAAACCUCGAGGAGGACCAGACUGAUGUUAGACCGUCAUCUGCUAAGAUUGAGCUGGGUUUAGAGAGGAUAGAGAGGGAGAUGCAGAGGUCAUGAGGAGCUCUGGUUCUGGUCCAUCUGACUCACUGUAACUGUCUUUAACCUCUUUGCUAAAACAGAUUCAUAAACUUUACACAGACCAGAACAUUUGGUUAAUAAGCCACAUUUUUGGAGCCUCUUUUCAGCUAAAAAGUGAGCUGCUCUCUCAGGUCACCCUGCCUCUCCAUAAUUCAUCCUCCUGCCCCUGUAGCAUGGAGUGAUUUCUGACCUCAGUCAUGAGGAGCAAACUCACUUGACUGAAAAGAGGCACAGUUUACUAUCGAGGCAUUUUAUCACCAAACCCCAAGUAGAAGAUUACCUCACUUUUUCCACCCUCAGUUAUGUUAGUGGUAAAUUUUACAGAACCAGACCUGAAUAAACUAAGGUUAAGGAGAAAAAUGAAAUUGCGCAGAUUUUGUUCGUGCCUUACUCAGGUGGAUGUGCUGGUGGGAGGUGAAGCUCAACUUGAAUUCUCCUCUCUGUGACAGUCCCUGUACGAGCGCUGUGACCGACUGAGGCCCAGUCUGUUCCGCCUGGCCAGUGACACCACUGACGACGAUGUCGCUCUGGCACAGAUCCUGUCGGCUAACGACGAGCUAACGCUGGUAGUGAAAGCCUACAAAGAACAAACAGGAAAGAAAGAGUGCAACGGGAGAGAGAGAAGUCGGAGUGAGGAAGAGGAGAGUAAAAAUAACAGUAGGACCUUCUUCUUCUUCCUUUCCUCACUUAGUCUCUGUAGGAAACACCUCGACCCCGAGUUUGAAGUUCUGUGUUUCUUGUUCCUCCAGCUCCAAAGAGUCCCAGAGAGAUAAAAAGCUACCACCUCAUCGACCUGUCAGCUCUGGACUCUCCACAGACUCACAGAAAAGCUGAUUUGUUCCUGUCCUCUGAAUCAGCAGGAGACGAGGACUUAAAUAAAUCAGGUGGGACUUCCUCUCUGGACUCCAAUGUCUUCUUUUCUUGCUGAUUAAUUUUCUCGUGAUUUGACGUCAUCCUGUAAUUUCAGGGUUCAGUACGAUCUCGAAACAGACUCAGGAGACUUCCAGAUCAUACUUUGAGGAACUGAUGGAGGUGAGACUCACACAUGAAGAUGAAACUUGACAUAAAUGUUUGAAAGUGUAAAACACAAGUCGUCCUUUACUCUCAGCUUGAUGGAGAACUCCAGGUGAAGACUUUGGAGCAGAAUGGAGGAGGAGGAGGAGGCCCGGUGUUGAGAGCUCGUGGAUGUGGAGCGGACAGUACGGCAACAAAUGGGACCAACGUCUGGUAAGGACAGGAGGACCAAAAGAGAACAGGUCACAUGAUCGUGUUCCUGCGUUUGUACUGAGCUGGAAACUCAAAAGUCACUUUUUCAUUUUAACUUCUGAUUCUUUGUAAAACUGCAACUUUACAAGAAAAUAACCAAUCAGUUCAUGAUUUAAAGGGAAAGUAUUUGGAGUAAUGGAGUCAUGAAAACAUGACUGAAUGAAGUUAGCUUAGCUCAUCAAACCAAAACAUACUCAAAGUUUCAAAUACAGUCGUAGUGUUGAUGAUUAUUAAAAUAUGUGGAUUACAGACAGAUUAGGGUGACCAUACGUCCUCUUUUACCCGUACAUGUCCUCUUUUUGGGGGGCUGUCCGUCCUUGUCUGGGAGAGUUUAUAUAAUCCUUCAAAUGUCUGCGGUUUUGUAUGAAAGUUUCCAGUUUGUGUCAUGUGGACUUACUGAGUUAGAAGCGCGUAAAAAAACACUCGACCCGACCCGAAAAACUCUCAAAAUUAACUUUGAGCGACUCUGUGACUCCGCCCCCGCGUAGUCGUUUCUUCUUUUCAGGGAUUCAGAAUAUGGUCACCGUAAGACAGAUGGUUUCACAUGUGCAUGCACAGACUUGGUCACUGACUGCUUCACAGCUUCAUGUGACUGACUGAAAAGAUACCUGAACACGGCCAGUAGAGGGCAGCAAAACGCCAUAUAAAAAUGUCAAAUUUAAAGCUCCGGUAUGACACUUUUGGUUUGUGGCAGUUUUGGCACCCCCUGUGGACAAAGUGGUCUUUGCUUGUCUUGUCUCCUCCCUUCUCCAGUAGUAUCUUCUGAGAACAGUCUCAUUCUGCUGACUUUUAACAGUCAAACCAGGGAAGACCAUGUAAAUGACAUCUAAAAACCUUUCACUUGUGCCCGACUUCCUUUCCAGCACGGGUUAAUCUGUGCUGAAUUUACCCGGCAUGCCCCGGCGUCCGGAAAAAAUAAACUCUUGCGAUAAGCUGAGGAGUAUGGCGAUCCACCGCUGAACAGAAAGAGGCCGAUGGAAAUUGACACGUUAACUUGAAUGGUUACGAUCAGCUAUGAUCUGAGCAUACGACCUUUUCGUAGCCGUUACGGAUGUGGUGGAACCUUGGGGUAAGACACUUCCCCCCCACACACAACUCAGCUUUGGCUUCCUUUUGACAACAAUUGAAACAACACUUUCGUAAAGUCAUGACCAGUUUUUCUAAAAGCCACAGGAGUGAGACAUGCUGUCUUACUCGACCUCUCUGAUAAAGAUCCGAUAAUGAACUUCAAUAAAGUGUUAAAUCUCUGCUCUUUAAACUCCUAAUCAGCCUGGAGUCCACGCUGUGUUUGGCACUGAGAUGUUGUUUCUGCUAAAAUUCUUCUCCUGAACUCUUCUUUCUUCGGUCGUCAGGUCACCUCUCAGUGACGAUCAGUUUCUUGGCUUGGUAUCACCCUCUAAUGGAGAGGAAAAAAACAACCAAAUGUUGGGAUCUUCAGUGAAACUAGAGGAGAAGUCGUGUCCUCCACACAUCCUGAGAAGCAUCUUUGUUCCAGUGGAGACCAUCAAGUCCAGUAAGUCCUCAUGAACUGUGAUUAAUGAGGAGAGCAUUCCGGGUUAGUCGUGGGUUUACGUUCUGUUUUUCUUGUUCGUCCGUAGGUCAUCUUGAGCCGAUCACUGUAUACGAUCAAAGUGGGAUCCACGUUUCUCUCCAUUUCGCCAAAGACUCUCCUCCUGGUCAUCCAGAUGUUGCUGUGAUGGUCAUUUCUACUGUGAACACAUCUGCUCUUGCUGUGAAAGACUUCCUGUUUCAAGCUGCUGUCCAAAAGGUAACGAUUAAAACUAAACUAUGUCCUCUAAUCAGCGUGAUGGACAGUUUUUUUUUUCAUCAGUUUCUCGCCUUUCUCUCUCCUCAGACCAUGUCAGUCAAACUUCAGCCCGCCUCAGGAACAAACCUUCCUCCUUACAACCCUCUGCUGCCUCCUCCUGCCCUCUCUCAGGUCCUCCUGCUCGCUAAUCCUCAGAGGGUGAGUCUGAAGAGGGCUGAUUUAAAAACAUGUCCACAUAAACGCUUCAUCCAGCUACAUCUUCCUCCAUGAUGACACGUCUGAUAUCCUCCUCCUCCUUUUUAGCGAAAGUUGCGUCUACGCUACAAGCUGACUCUGACACACGGAGAGCGGCAGCUGAACCAAACCGGAGAGAUCGACACCUUCCCUGAGUGGCCGUCUUUGACCGGCCGGUGAAUGUUCUGGGGACCUGGAUCGAGAACUUUGGAGUUAAAACGAUGAGCGCACAGAGACAGAAAACUCAGAAGCAUGGCUGUGCUGCACUUGAUCCGUACAGGGUACAAAAAAACUCAGCAAACAAAUAUGAAGUCUGGAUUUCUUUAGGAUUUUGUUUUUCGUUAAAGAUGAAAAAAUCUCAGAUGGUCACAGUUCUGUGUCGUCUACUGUCCUGGUUUUUGCAGUUGCUGCCUCUUGUAUGCUGGAGACCUAACUUUGGUAGAUUUUGUACGCCGACAGGUUACUGCUUAGACACCUGCAUGUGAAAGUUGGUAUUUAUUAACUUUGGUGACGUUCAGGAUUCCCAACAAAAGUGCCUUAAAGUGUUUUAAAAUGUAUUUAUUCUGAGGGAGACGGUGCCUUAAGGAGUUACUGUGCUUUGUGUUCUUUCUGUCCGUCAGUCCAGCUGCUGUAAUGCUCGAUAAAUGUCAUGAAUGAAUAUAAAAACAAUCUGGAGCAAAACAAA